UGCUUUUAUUCUGAAGUUUGAGUUCCGGAAGUGCCCUGUCGGCGCGGCGUGCUACUCUUGAAGCUAAGCUAGCCGGGAGGAUGCCGUCGAUUGAGUACGACGACUCGAAGCCCAGCUGGGCCGACCAGGUCGAAGAAGAAGGAGAUGAAGGCACACUACCAUCUCCGAAGGAAACCAUCAAAGGAAACAUUAAAACACUCACAGAGUAUAAAAUAGAGGAUGAUGGGAAGAAGUUCAAGAUAGUGCGGACCUUCAAGAUUGAGAACAGGAAAGCCUCAAAAGCUGUUGCCAGAAGAAAGAACUGGAAGAAAUUUGGCAACUCUGAGUAUGAUGCAGCAGGUCCAAAUGUUGCCACCACCACAGUCAGUGAUGAUGUCUUCAUGACUUUCAUCUCCAGCAAAGAGGACUUGAAUGCCCAAGACCAGGAUGAGGAUCCCAUGAACAAACUUAAAGGACAGAAGAUUGUGUCUUGUCGUAUUUGCAAAGGCGACCAUUGGACCACCCGUUGUCCAUACAAGGACACCCUGGGUCCUAUGCAGAAAGAGCUGGCUGAACAGCUGGGGCUCUCAACAGGAGACAAGGACAAGCCUGCAGGCUCUGCUGGAGAACCGGAGCCUGCGCAGCCUGCACAAAGCAAGACUGGGAAAUAUGUGCCCCCAAGCCUGCGGGACGGAGCCACGCGAAGAGGGGAGUCCAUGCAGCCUAACCGCAGAGCUGAUGACAAUGCUACCAUUCGUGUGACCAACCUGUCUGAGGACACCCGCGAGACAGACUUGCAGGAACUCUUCAGGCCCUUUGGCUCCAUCUCAAGGAUCUAUCUGGCCAAGGACAAGAAUACUGGACAGUCAAAGGGAUUUGCCUUCAUCAGUUUCCAUCGUCGGGAGGAUGCAGCCAGAGCCAUUGCAGGAGUGUCAGGAUUUGGAUAUGACCAUCUUAUUCUCAAUGUUGAAUGGGCCAAACCAUCAAACAACUGAGGAAUUCAGCAGAACAUUUCCACGAUGAUGCCAGAUUUUAUUAAUGAUGUAAAAUGUGGCUGUUGCUUAAAUAAAGAGACUAAAUCCA